AUGCAUCGAACUGGUUUAGAGAUGAUAAGGCGUCAUCCAUGGGUGAUUUCGAUGGACUGCACAUACAAAACUAACCGAUACGGGCUUCCGCUACUUGAUAUUGUGGGUUCAGCAUCUACUGGACAGACCUGCUAUAUCGCAUUCGCCUUUUUUCAGGAUGAGAAAGAGGAUAACUAUGAAGUUAUUCUUCGCUGUCUUGCAGAAGUUUACGACUCUCUUAAUCUAGCAUAUCCAUGUACAAUAUUGGCAGACAAAGAGCGCGCACUGGUCAAAGCUAUCAAAACAGUCUUCCCUCAUACUAAGACUAUUAGCUGUAUUUGGCAUAUCGAGAUGAACCUGCUAAAGAAAGCACAUCCGCGCCUUUCAGACCAGGUCGCUAUCGCUCGCAGAGAUGGCGCCUCUCUACCUGAGAGCCUUAGCUUCACGCUUGACCAAGCAAUCGCGUUUGAACAGGUCCGCAGAGCCACUAACCAAUCAUCACUGUACACAAAACUCACAUACCUAAUCUCCUCGAGGGCGAUCAAGCAUGUGGAGAGCAUCAGACACUACUAUCUACCAGAAGGACAAGGCAAGCCACUUAUUCCACCAAACUGCACCUGCCGAUCAAAGGAAACCACAGGUUUCCCAUGCAUCCACCUUAUCAAGCAAUAUCAGGAUACACAUCAGAGCUUUGAACCUGAGCUUUUCCACCAGCAGUGGCAUUUAUACAAGCUCGGUGAAGCGCCACCUAUCGACCCUCUGCUCUUAGUGCGGGACCCACCACCUGUUCGACGCCGUGGAAGGCCAUGUGGAGCGGCCAACUUCGUACAGCCUUCACAGGCGUUGAACCUGCAGCAGGGCACACAGCAGAGCACACAGCAGAGCACGCACAACAUAAUAUUUGACCGCUCAACCCAGCGAGAGCCAUCAGCAUUCGAGUAUAUUCUGCCGCCGCAGGAAAGAGGUCAUGGAGGUCAUGGGCAGUGUGGGCGGCGUAGAGCUGGUCCAGGGCGCCCACCAGGACGCAGUCGCAGAGGAGGACAGGGUCAUACUAGAGGGCGUGGGGGGCGUGGAGACGCGGUCGCCAUUGGAAAUCGAAGGGUCCUGCGUAGUAGUCAGCGUGGAGGUCAGGAAGACGCUGAGUAUCAGGAUGGACGCAUCUGA